AUGCAUACAUUUUAUGCUCUUAUUGGUUUAUUUCUCAGUUUAAUCUUCUGCAACUGUGAAAAUUUUUCUACAGAUGAUACGAGUGAAUCUAAUUUAUUAACAACUUCUUCGGAUGUCUUUCAGUCAAAUACACCUUACUCAAAUGAAACUGGUUCACACUUAAAUAAUAUUGAUGCAACUAUAUCGACUGAAACUGUUACCACAACAUCCACUUCAACUACAACUGUUACCACUACAUCGACUUCGACAACAAAUGGUGGCACAAGAAACUCUGAAAUACCAAUCACAAUGGAUAUAACAUCGAUGUCUCCCAACAAUAUAACUGAAUUCAUACCUUCUUCAGAAAAGCCGAAUUUAGGUCUUAUUCUUGGUCUUUCACUUGGCCUUGGAUUGCCAUUCCUUAUUUGUAUAACCGUUGCUAUUGUUUGUUUUCGUAAAAAAUUAAUUUCAAUUUGGCGUACAUUUCUAAAUUUUUUUCAAUAUUUUAAUACUAUUGAAUUAUUUCUAGCAACAACUACAACUACAACAACGACAAAAACUACGAGUACUACAGUUAAAUGUGUUUCACCUUAUGUCCAAGCACCUUCCGGAAAUUGUAUUAAUAUAUUAAUCGAUAUUAAUAAUUGUGGUAAGAUUAAUAAUGUAUGUCCAUCAACAUAUACAAGCUGUUCAGCUGGUCUAUGCAGUACUUUAUCAAGUAUCAAAAUAAUUAAUGGAACAUUCAUAUGGGCAGCUUCUGUCAAUGGAUCAGUCGACGAUAAAUAUUUCACUAUAACUGUACCAUUUAAUAUCACUCUUUAUAAUACGACAACAACCUCCAUCACAGUAACAACUAAUGGUGUGAUUUGUCUUCAAACUUGUUCCACUACUUUCACUGAAACUGCUCUACCUACUAGUGCAUUUUCUGGUGCAACAAUUCUACCAUAUUGGGAUGAUCUAUACAUUUAUGCAAAUACAUCACAAGGUAUAUACUAUCAAAAACAAGGCAAUGCUCCAAAUCAAACGUUCAUCGUUGAAUAUUACUGUAGCCAUUAUCAACAAUCUACUGACUAUUAUAAUUUUCAAGUCAUAUUCUUUGAAAAUAUGCCUGGUGUUGUUCAAUUUAUUUAUUAUGAGGUUACUGAUGAAGGUGCUUCUUCUACGGUUGGCGUUCAAGAUUCAAGUAGUGGUCCAUUUGUGCAAUAUUCCUUUGAUCAAGCCAGUUCUGUAACACAAAAUAUGACUCUUAUAUUUGAUACCAAUACGGGAACAUACACAAGUUCAAGUAUUGGAUAG